AUGGCUUCGUUGAUGCAAGCCGCCUUUGACUCGCUCUUCCAGCCGGGGCUCAACACGCCUAUGCGCACUGCGAUGGAUCUGAGCUUCUAUGGUCUCUUCAUCGUCCUCCUCGGCUUGGCCAUUGUGACAGGCGGCAACUUCCACGUCAUUGCUCUCCUCUGCAUCGCCCUUGGUCUCUUCUUUUCCAUUCAUUGGUUCCUCGCAGAGCUCGCUAGACUUCCACCUUCGGCGACGCAAGUCCAGCAGAUGCCUCCACCAGAGCCCACGGCAUCAUCGGAUCCAGGCAGCGCAGAAUCGAAAAAGGACUCUUGA